AUGCCUCGGUCCUUCCUGGUGAAGAGCAAGAAAGCUCACAGUUACCACCAGCCGAGGAGUUUAGUGGAUGACUACAGCAGACUCGAUACCAUUGUAGCUCAUAUAUGCACAGACAGUAAGAGUGCGGAUGAACCAGAUGUGGAUGCAGAUGUUGGAACAGCGGAAGCCGCUGCGGUCUUCAAGCUCGCGGACUCGGUGACUGUGUGCGCGCGCUCUCCGCUCAGCUGCAGCGGCGGCAGCGCGUGCGAUCGCUCCUCCGAUUAUGAGGACUGCUGGAGACCUCCAUCACCAUCAGCAUCACCAGACUCUGAAAAGUCCUUUUCACCAAGCGUGGAUGAAACACAGCCCUUUGUGGUGCCCUUCGAUCCAUGGAACAACAGCUAUUCAGGGUCUGACAGACAGCUUGUCCGGCAGAGCUUCAACCAUCAUCGUCAUCCGUCAGUCAAUUAUUAUGAGGAAAGAAUGGUUGGACCUUCUCUGUUUGCUGAGAGGGGAUCUGGGCCGGGUAUUUACAGCAAUUAUGACUCUGCAAAUCUGUUCGAGCGGCCCAUGGCUGCCCCUGGACUUUACGUAGACAGAGACGUUCACAGGCCAGAGAUGAAAACGAAUACAGGAGUGUGCAGUCGACUUCUGCUGAAUGGAGCGUUCAAGUGCAUCAAAUGCAGCAAGGUCUUCUCUACGCCACACGGCCUGGAGGUUCACGUACGCAGGUCCCACAGUGGGACGAGACCUUUCGCCUGCGACAUCUGUGGCAAAACCUUCGGACAUGCAGUCAGUCUGGAGCAGCACAGAUCCGUUCAUUCACAGGAGAGAAGCUUUGAUUGUAAGAUUUGCGGUAAGACGUUUAAAAGGUCCUCCACCCUGUCCACGCAUCUCCUGAUCCACUCGGAUACACGGCCCUAUCCGUGCCAGUACUGUGGCAAGAGGUUCCAUCAGAAAUCCGACAUGAAGAAACACACCUUCAUCCACACAGGAGAGAAACCACAUAAGUGUCAAGUUUGUGGGAAAGCGUUCAGUCAGAGCUCGAAUCUGAUAACACACAGCCGAAAACACACAGGCUUCAAACCGUUCGGCUGUGACCUCUGUGGAAAAGGCUUCCAGCGUAAAGUGGACCUGAGGAGACACAAGGAGACACAGCACGGACUGAAGUGA